UUGUUGAUGGGGACACAUGACAGCCAGCAAUACACUGAAUUGUUUUCACAGAUAUUCACUGAUGCACGCAGGAUUAUGCACAGACCAACACGCUGGCAUUUUCGCAAUUCGUUUUCACCACAAAACAUUCAAAGUUACCGGAAUAUACAUAUUCAACCAUAUUAUGUGAUUGGUCAAAAUGAGUGAAAGUGUGAAACCUUGUAAUAUAAUUUCCACCUCAAGUUAUAAAGGUUUUCAAGGGAAAGUAACUCAGUCCUUUUUGGGUUUCAAAGUUUAAAUUGACAUGGCUCAUCAGAAAAAAUCACAUCAUCGUGGGAAGGGUAAAGCUUCAUACAAACAUGAUCGUUCAAAACAGAGACAGAGAAAGUUGGAUGGUGCAGAAUUCUUAGCUGACAUGUCACAAGCUCUGGAGGAAGUGGAAGAGGGCAGGUUCCCCUUCAGUCUUGCCAUGUGGGACUUAGAACAGUGUGAUCCAAAAAAGUGCAGUGGUCGGAAACUUGGACGCCUGGGAUAUGUCCGAACACUAGGUCUUAGACAAAAAUUUAAUGGUCUAAUUCUCUCACCCAUGGGAAAGAAAUGUGUCUCUGCAGAAGACAGAAAUAUCAUCCUGAGUUACGGUCUGGCUGUUGUUGAUUGUUCUUGGGCAAAGCUUGAAGAAACACCAUUUGAAAAGAUGAAGGGAGGCUACCCACGUCUUUUACCUUACCUCGUAGCAACUAAUCCUAUCAACUAUGGAAAACCCUGUACCCUAUCGUGUGUAGAGGCCUAUGCUGCAGCACUGUAUAUCACAGGUUUCAAGGAAUUGGGUGAGGUACUGUUGGCAAAAUUUAAGUGGGGUGGCUCUUUCUACACUGUAAACGAAGAACUACUGUCUCUGUAUGCUGAGUGUAAAGAUGGUGCCGCGGUCGUGCUUGCCCAGCAGGAGUACUUAGAUAAGAUAGCAGAGGAGAGGAGCUUACAACGCAACACAGAUUUGACAGAUUUAGACAUGGACCUAGAAGGAUACAACCCAAACCGUCCCCUUAACAAUUGGGCCCGUGACAGCUCCUCAGAUGAGGACGAUGAGGAGGAAGGUGAGGAGGAAGAUGAGGAAGAGGAAGAAGAGGAAAGUGAAGAAGAAGAGGAAAAAGAAGAGGAGGUGCAACAUGAAGAAAAUAAAGAUGUAUUGGAAAACAUCAAUGAUAAUGUUAAUAAUGACAGUACCAGAGAGAAUGACCCAGAUCCUGAGGGUGUCCACUGCCAUAAGAUAGAUGGGAAAUCAGAAUAUAACACAGAGCAAUUAUGUGGAAGUGACUUACAAAAUAUAGACUCUAACUCAAAAACAUGAUGGCACAAAUAGUCCUUCAUGAUAAAUUAGACUGCUAUGAUAUAUGUAUAUGUCUUGUUACCUCCCCUGUUGUGAUACGUUUCUAUGGUACAACAUUAACAGUGGAACUUUUGAUAGUCGUUGAGAACAUUUGUAUCCCUACUGAAUAACCAUGCAAGUUUACAGUAAGGUUUUUCAGAAUUGGCUGUAACAUGGAUCUAUUACCUUGGCCUAUUUUUUUUUAAACAAAGAGUUCAAACUUGUAUCCGCAAAGACAUUUUUUUGUUUUUUUUGAGGGGGGGGGGAAUUCUGUUGGUUGGUUACAUGUUUUUUUGUCUCUGAUUGUCUCAUCAACAAACAUCAAUGUUCUGGUGAUGUUCCAUCAAAUUAGAUAUAAACAUCAUGAGGUAGCUGUUUAUAGUUAAAUAGCCAAAAGCACGAUGUUAAUAGAUGCUAUAAAGACUAGAACAUUGUAGUCUGUUUUCUUUUCUGUUUCUAGUAUUUUAAAUGAUAUUAAAUGAAAUUUGCAGUUUCACUUGUUACAUUUCUGAUAAAUUUGAUAAAGAAGAAGUAUUUAC